AUGCCAAAAUCCACAAGAACGUAUAAGAAAAACCCACGGUUAUACCCGUGGACUCUCAAAGAUCUACUCGAUAAGCUCGCACGGGCCAAUCUCGAUGCGGUACAAUCACUGGCCCAUUCAAUCGCGUCGCGUCUUCCAUCGACUCACCACCGCACACCUCACCAUGCCAUUAGCACGCAAACGAAGAGCCGACCCCCCGACACCGAGUCCCCAGCCCGCCGCCGCCAAACCUCCGAACCCGAGUCCUCGGCCGGCGCCGCCUCCUCCGGCAACGAAGAUGGCGGGACCGGCGCACCGACCACCACGGAUGCCCUGGUCAAGAAGAUGGUGCGGCUGGCGCUGGCGAGCGAGUACGCGCGGCUGACGAUACGGCGCGGCGACAUCAGCGCCAAGGUGCUGGGCGAGCAAGGGGUGCGGCAGUUCAAGACGGUGUUUGAGGCGGCGCAGCGCGAGUUACGGACGCGGUUUGGGAUGGAGAUGACGGAGUUGCCGGCGCGGGAGAAGGUGACUGUGACGCAGCGACGAGGUGAGUUCUAUCUCAGUGUUCCUGCUCUCGGCCCAAAAAGUCGAAAAACCCUCCAGCACCAACAAAGCCUGGAUCGUAACCAGCACGCUCCCCCCGCCUACCGCACGCCAGCCAUCCUCACGCCACCCAAAGCACCCUCCUCGGGAACCGACAGCACCUACACAGCGCUGUACACCUUCCUCAUCGCCGUGAUAUCGCUGAACGGCGGCUCCCUCGCCGAACAGAAACUCGAGCGGUACCUGGCACGCACCAACGCCGACACCUACACGCCCAUCGACCGCACAGACCGGUUACUGCAGCGGCUAUGCCGCGAGGGAUAUCUAAUCAAGACGCGGGAGAUGGACGGCGGCGAGGAGGUCGUCGAGUACAUGGUCGGGCCUCGGGGUAAGGUCGAGGUUGGGUCCGGGGGUGUGGCGGGGUUGGUGCGGCGGGUUUAUGGUCGGGAUGGUGGUGGUGAUGAUGAUGGGACGAUGGCGGAGCAGGAGAUUCAGCAGGAGUUUGAGGCGCGUUUGGGGAGGAGUUUGGGGGUUGUUGGGGUGAGGAGGCAGGCUGAGGCGGAGGAGGAGGGGCAGCAGCGGCGUCAGUCACAGGCGCCGAGACGCUCUUCUAGACGUGCUGCUGAGGAAGAGGAGGAUGAGGAGGAGUCAGAUGAUGAGGAGGACAGUGACUAA